AUGACAGAGUGCAAGAUGGCAGAGUGCAAGAUAGCAGAGUGCAAGAUUAAAGAGUGCAAGAUUAAAGAGUGCAAGAUUAAAGAGUGCAAGAUUACAGAGUGCAAGAUGGCAGAGUGCAAGAUUACAGAGUGCAAGAUAGCAGAGUGCAAGAUGGCAGAGUGCAAGAUGGCAGAGUGCAAGAUGGCUGAGUUCAAGAUGAAAGAGUGCAAGAUGGCAGAGUGCAAGAUGGCUGAGUGCAAGAUUAAAGAGUGCAAGAUGGCAGAGUGCAAGAUAGCAGAGUGCAAGAUGGCAGAGUGCAAGAUUACAGAGUGCAAGAUUACAGAGUGCAAGAUGGCAGAGUGCAAGAUGACAGAGUGCAAGAUGACAGAGUGCAAGAUGGCAGAGUGCAAGAUGACAGAGUGCAAGAUGGCAGAGUGCAAGAUUACAGAGUGCAAGAUAGCAGAGUGCAAGAUGGCAGAGUGCAAGAUGGCAGAGUGCAAGAUGACAGAGUGCAAGAUGGCAGAGUGUAAGAUGGCAGAGUGCAAGAUGGCAGAGUGCAAGAUGGCAGAGUGCAAGAUGGCAGAGUGCAAGAUUACAGAGUGCAAGAUGGCAGAGUGCAAGAUAGCAGAGUGCAAGAUAGCAGAGAGCAAGAUGGCAGAGUGCAAGAUGGCAGAGUGCAAGAUAGCAGAGUGCAAGAUGGCAGAGUGCAAGAUAGCAGAGUGCAAGAUGGCAGAGUGCAAGAUGGCAGAGUGCAAGAUGGCAGAGUGCAAGAUUACAGAGUGCAAGAUGGCAGAGUGCAAGAUAGCAGAGUGCAAGAUGGCAGAGUGCAAGAUUGCAGAGUGCAAGAUGGCAGAGUGCAAGAUAGAAGAGUGCAAGAUUACAGAGUGCAAGAUGGCAGAGUGCAAGAUGGCAGAGUGCAAGAUGGCAGAGUGCAAGAUGGCAGAGUGCAAGAUAGCAGAGUGCAAGAUAGCAGAGUGCAAGAUGGCAGAGUGCAAGAUGGCAGAGUGCAAGAUGGCAGAGUGCAAGAUGGCAGAGUGCAAGAUUGCAGAGUGCAAGAUGGCAGAGUGCAAGAUGGCAGAGUGCAAGAUUGCAGAGUGCAAGAUGGCAGAGUGCAAGAUAGCAGAGUGCAAGAUGGCAGAGUGCAAGAUGGCAGAGUGCAAGAUUACAGAGUGCAAGAUGGCAGAGUGCAAGAUGGCAGAGUGCAAGAUGGCAGAGUGCAAGAUAGCAGAGUGCAAGAUGGCAGAGUGCAAGAUUGCAGAGUGCAAGAUGGCAGAGUGCAAGAUAGCAGAGUGCAAGAUUACAGAGUGCAAUAUGGCAGAGUGCAAGAUGGCAGAGUGCAAGAUGGCAGAGUGCAAGAUUGCAGAGUGCAAGAUGGCAGAGUGCAAGAUGGCAGAGUGCAAGAUGGCAGAGUGCAAGAUGGCAGAGUGCAAGAUUGCAGAGUGCAAGAUGGCAGAGUGCAAGAUAGCAGAGUGCAAGAUGGCAGAGUGCAAGAUUGCAGAGUGCAAGAUGGCAGAGUGCAAGAUAGCAGAGUGCAAGAUGGCAGAGUGCAAGAUGGCAGAGUGCAAGAUAGCAGAGUGCAAGAUGGCAGAGUGCAAGAUGGCAGAGUGCAAGAUGGCAGAGUGCAAGAUAGCAGAGUGCAAGAUGGCAGAGUGCAAGAUAGCAGAGUGCAAGAUGGCAGAGUGCAAGAUAGCAGAGUGCAAGAUGGCAGAGUGCAAGAUGACAGUGCAAGAUGGCAGAGUGCAAGAUGGCAGAGUGCAAGAUGGCAGAGUGCAAGAUGGCAGAGUGCAAGAUUAA